ACGACUCAUUUCUGUCUGACUUGACGUCACGUGCCGUGGCGUCAUCCUUCUAGCAGCGGUUUGGUCUCGCAGGGGUGUGGCAGCCAGACUCCACGUCUAUUUUAACUCGUCCGCAUCGAGAAACGAGCCGAGGACAGGACGCAGCCAUGGCGCAAGGCCUUAAAGAAAGAUUUGACAAGUUUCUCCAUGAGAAGAACCUGAUGACAGACGCUCUCGGUAAAAUCGAGGCCAAAACGGGAGUGAACAGGACGUACAUCGCUGCGGGUGUCGUAGGUUUCAUCGCAGUUUAUCUGGUGAUUGGGUACGGAGCCUCCCUGCUGUGUAACCUCAUCGGCUUCCUUUACCCAGCAUACAUUUCGAUUAAGGCCAUUGAAAGUGCCACAAAGGAUGAUGAUACAAAAUGGCUGACGUACUGGGUGGUGUACGGACUCUUCAGUGUGGCAGAGUUUUUCGCAGACAUCUUCCUCUCCUGGUUUCCUUUCUACUAUAUCGGAAAGUGUGCUUUCCUGGUGUGGUGCAUGGCUCCGACUCCCACUAAUGGGUCCAUCCAGAUUUAUCACCGCAUAAUUCGACCCAUUUUCCUCAAGAACGAAGGCAAGAUCGAUGAUGCCAUGAAGAACAUCACAGACACAGCUUCGAAGACUGCUGACAAAUUUAAAGAAGAAGCUAAGAAAGCCACAGCAAACCUCAUCUUCGAGGAGAAGAAGAGCUCUUAAAACUGCGGCCUUCCCAAAGUCAUCUCCAAAUUCCAGAGGGACACAGAAGAAGGAACGCCCUGGAUGUUAAUUUUUAUGUUCUUGCAUUUUGUGUGUUAACUUAAGCUUUAUGCCAGCUUUGUUGCCGAUAUAUAUCAUGUAUCAUUAAAGUCAUUCUACGUAUUGAUUAGGUUCCGUUCACCACCAUCCUCUUCAGGAGGUAACUGAACGAUGGACGCCUUUAUUGUAUGCUUUUUAAAUCAAAUAAAACCAAAUAAAUGAGGUGGUUGUUUAA